AUUCUCAUUACGAAUUACAAAACCCAUUUCACUUUAAGAUUUAUAUUCUAACAGGAUGGACUUGAUUACACAUGGAUACGGUUCCAGCUCUUCUGACAAUGAGGAAGACUCGUCACUGAAGCAACCUAACAAGGUUGCAAAAAUUGCCAAUGCCGCGCCCGAUGUCAGUCUGGAGGACCCAAAUUACUCGCGUCAUAUUUAUAUCAAUCCAACGGACACAUCGCUUGCAGUCAAUCUACCAUAUGAUUCAAUGGUUCAGCCCAUUCAAGGACCGACCAAUCCCUUUGCAUCUAAUACAAGUCAAAUCCGCAGGAAUGUUUGGACAGGCCAUGUGGAAGAAAACAUGAUCUCGGAUAUCGACUUCAAGACACAACAACAGUCAUAUGCCGCGUUUGGAUUUGCAAAAGACCCUAGUAUUUUGAGCGUCGCAGCUAAUGGACAGAGCGGAUCUGGAAAAGAAGGAACAGGCUACGUGGGCAAUGUUGAAAAAGCACAGCAGAUGGAUGGCGCUACAAUAUGGGACAAAGUACCAAAACAUCUCCGUAAUAACCAAAACCAACGGAAACGCCAGACCCGUGGCGAUCCAUCUCAAUUUGAAGGCGAGAAUGCAUAUAGAGGACCAUGGGCAGCAUAUGAAGGAGAGCGCAUUGGUGAAAUGAGCGGACCAACAGAGGAAGAACGUGAGAAGCAUGAAAAGAACGUGCAGGCUGCUGAGGAAGAGAAUCAAAAGCGAGGCAAAGCCACGCCUGCCAAACCCAUUGCUACAGGAUCCGAAAAAACCAUCUUCCAUGGCAAGGAAGAACACGAUUACAUGGGACGCACAUAUAUGCAUGUGCCUCUGGACCUCGAUGUAAAUCUCCUGGGUGAACCGGGGUCAAAGGAGUGUUUUGUGCCCAAAAAAUUGCUACAUACAUGGACCGGACACACUAAGGGCGUCUCUGCCAUCCGGUUCUUCCCUAAAUCAGCACAUUUACUUUUAUCUAGUAGUAUGGACUCAAAAGUCAAGAUUUGGGAUGUAUACCAUGACCGUCGUGUACUUCGUACAUAUUUGGGGCAUUCUAAGGCUGUCCGUGAUGUCACAUUCAAUAAUGACGGUACCAGGUUCAUCAGUGCUUCAUAUGAUCGCAACAUGAAGCUUUGGGAUACAGAGACUGGAAAAUGUAUCUCUACGUUUUCAACCAAAAAGAUUCCAUAUGUGGUCAAGUUCAACCCAGAUGGAGACAAGCAGCAUAUUUUUUUGGCAGGAUGUUCUGAUCACAAGAUAUAUCAAUUUGAUAUCAAUUCUGGAGAGAUUAUCCAGGAAUAUGACCAACAUUUGGGAGCUGUGAACUCGAUUACAUUUGUGGAUGAAAACCGUCGAUUCGUAACCACCUCAGAUGACAAAUCUUUAAGGGCUUGGGAAUUUGAUAUUCCAGUCGUGAUCAAGUAUAUUGCAGAACCAGACAUGCAUUCCAUGCCCGCUGUCGCUCUCAGUCCGAACCAGAAAUGGUUAGCUUGUCAAUCUCUUGACAAUCAGAUUUUCAUCUACGGUGCCAAGGACCGAUUCCGUCAAAACCGUAAAAAGCUGUUCACGGGACAUAUAGUAGCAGGAUAUGCCUGUCAGCCCUCAUUCUCGCCGGAUGGCCGGUAUUUGUCCUCUGGAGACUCAGAGGGCAAUCUUUGGGUCUGGGAUUGGAAGACAUGCAAAGUCCACAAGAAGUUCAAGGCACAUAGCGAAGUUGUCAUUGAUUGCGCAUGGCACCCACAUGAGACAUCUCUGGUUGCAACAGCAUCCUGGGACUCGACCAUCAAAUUAUGGGUCUAA